AUGCCAACUGACGACCAGCUGGCCGACGCCAUCCUCCAGUCCGUCGAAGCCAGCCAAUACCCCGACUCCGAAGCCGUCGUCUCCGCCGAGCUCCCACCUUCCACGUUCCCUACGCUCCUCGAUGGCAUCGAGCAAUCGCGUGCGAAACUAAAGGCCGAAAUCCGGCACAUCAGCCGUACCUCCACCACCGAUAUCGACGCCUGGAUCGCCCAAGCGCGCCACCUACAGCAGGACAUCGACGACAUCCGCGAGGAGACGCGGCAGAUCGACCAUGCGACGAACGAGGUGCAGGGGUUGAAAGGGCGGGCGAACGAUGCUGGCGCGAAGGUGGGGUUCCUGAAGACGGAGCUGGCGUUCAAUGAUGCGCUGGUGGAUACGCUAGGGUGCAUCCAGCGAGUGUCGGGGGACUUGGACGGGUGUUGGGAGGCGGUAAGGGGGGAUGAUGUGGGGGGUGCGUUGGGGGGGAUGGGGAGGGCGGUAAAGGGGAUGGGGGAUCUGGAGGCGUUUGAGGGAGCGCAUUUUGUGGGGUUGUUAAGGGAUAGGGCGAAGCGGGUGCGGGAUGAUAUGGUUGAGACGGUGACGGGUUACUGGUGGGAUAUCGUGCAUGUCAACCAAGAGAAGCGGGCAUUGGUGGUCAAGAAAUCGAUAACGAGGAAAUCUGAGAUCCUGGCGGAAGAUACUGUGAGGUUUGCGGAACAGCUCGACAUUUACGAUGAUCUGGUGUCGAAACUACAGCAUGGACUAGAACGAUCGAUCAUAGCUGCGCGAUUCGGUCCUGAAAACGCCGAUGACUCGGCCGUUUUGAGCGUUGACGACAACACACUCAGCGUAUCUACGGACGGAGGUGCUGGAGGCGCGCUCGCCGCUAUCGAAGACAUCAAAAAGCUCACCCGAUUCCUCAGCUCGGAGCUGCCAACCCAACUGUCGCUCUCCCUCUCCCAGAAACUCGUGGCGUCGCUGACAUCCCAUCUUGUCUCCACGUGGCUUCAAGAAGCCAUCCCCAUCUCCUUGGACGAAAUGAAUGAGUUCCAACAGCUACUGGACCAAGUGCUCUCCCUUGCUGAACACCUAGAAGGUCUAGGCUGGAGCGGAAAUGAGGAGCUGAUCAACUGGGUGGAAACCGCGCCUCGCUCCUGGCUUUCGAAACGGAAGGAGGCGAUGCUCGCGGCGGUUCGGACGAGCUGCUAUCGGGGAGUUCGAACGAGAAAAACCGUGGAGCGAGUGGAGACUCAACUGAUCUCCCAUGAAGACCUCAUGGGCCCGCCACCUGAUCAGAGUAACGACUGGGACGCAGAAUGGGACAACGAUGGCGCGGAUGCGGAUCAGCAGCCAGCGUCUGAGCCGACGGUAGAGGAAGAAGAUAUGGAUGCGAGUGCUUGGGGUUUGGAAGAGGAAGGCCAGGACCAGGUGGAGCAGAAACCCGACGAGGAUGAGAAAACGGAAAAUGAUGACGAAGGCGGAGAUGAGGCUGAUGCCUGGGGAUGGGGAGAAGAUGAUGCUGAAGAUGCAACGACUGUCAAGGAGUCGGCACCUGCAAAGCCUGCUGCAAGCAAACCACCAGCAGGCCAUGUACACGGCAAGGAAGCGGUGCAUGAGAACAAGGCCGAAGAAAUCACACUGCGAGAGACAUACACAGUCACUGCCAUUCCAGACGAAAUACUCCAGCUCAUUCAGGAAGUGGUUUCAGAUGCGGAAACACUUUCGCAGGAGAGAUAUGCCGACUCACCCAUUGCAGGAGCUGCCAUGGGUCUCUACUCAAUACCUACAUUAGCCUUGGCCAUGUACCGAGCCACCGCCAUCACGUACUACAGCAAAGACAACGCAGGGAAUAUCCUCGUCUACAACGACUGCACCCGUCUUGCCGACCAACUCCACAACUACCUCUCCUCCCUCGCCCAACGCGACGAAACCUCCCCUCUCCCCCCCAAGUCCCGCCCCUCCCAACGACUCCGCCUCACCCCCGACCUCCAAUCCCUCUCCAGCUUCGGGAAGCGCGCCUAUGGCCGCGAAAUGGACUCCCAGCGCACCAUCCUCAGCGACCUCCUGGCAGGUGCCCAAGGCUUCGCCCACUGCACCGAGCCGCCCUUCGCCGCCGAAUGCGACAGCGCGGUGCGCUUCACUGUCGACCGCAUCCGGGAGGUGCACGCGGAGUGGCGGCCGAUCCUCUCGCACUCGGCGCUGCUGCAGUCGGUCGGGUCGCUGGCUGCAACGGUCAUCGGUAAGAUGAUCCUCGAUAUCGAAGACAUGGCGGAUAUCUCCGAGGAGGAAUCGAAGACGCUGAGCGCGCUGUGCGGGGUGGUGACAGGAGUUGGGGAGCUAUUCGUGCAGCGAGACGACGCGGGGGAGGAGCGGGAUAUGACGGGAGUGUAUACGCCGAAUUGGUUCAAGUUUCGGUAUCUGAUGGAGAUUCUAGAGAGUUCGUUGGCAGAUAUCAAGUUCGCGUGGACGGAGGCGGGAUUGCGGGAGGAGUUUGAGGCGGAGGAGGUGGCGGAUUUGAUCCAGGCGUUGUUUGCGGAAUCGGCAGACCUCAAAAGAUAUGCUCUUUCAACACUGGUCAACUCGCUCCUCGAGUCGGAGAAGCCCGUGCCGUUCGAAUUCCUCAUCAACGGUCAAUUUCUGCGGACCACCCUAGAUGAGUUUCUCACCGCGAACGGCAUAUCGGCGGAAACCACAUUAUCGGUCGAAUAUGUUCGUGCGCUGCUGCCGCCGACGCAGACAGCGACGUUCCCUCACGAUGACUGGGUGAGCUCGGUGGAUGUCCUCUCUGCAACAUCUCCCGCGGCACGAUGGACGAGAGACGCCCACAUCGACGGCAGCCGACAGCGCAUCCUUUCCGGCAGUUACGACGGGCUCGUCCGGGUGUGGAACACGUCCUCCGAGCUCGUCGCCACGUCUCCAUCGCUCGGAAAUGGAGGACAUACCGGCGGGGUCAAGUCCGUCAAGUUCCUAUCCCCCACAAAGCUCGUCUCCGCCUCCCUCGACCGCACCAUCCGGAUAUGGAGCUACAAAGAAUCCACCACCUCUCCCGCCACCGCGACCAUCGACCCCGCCUUCGAGCUCUAUGGCCACCAAUCCAGCGUCGACAGUAUCGCCGUCCACGGCCCCUCCGGCCGCAUCCUCUCCGCCUCCUCCGACCACACCGUCGGCGUCUGGACCGCCCACAAGUCCUCCGCCCCGGAAGCCCCUACUGACCUCCUCCCCUCCUCCCUCCCCAGCUCCAAGCGCCGCAAACUCUCCCGCGCCGGCCCCACCGUCCCCCAGCGCGGUCCGCUCGCACUGCUCGCCGGCCACGCCGCUCCGGUCACAGGCGUCGCGUUCUCGCCCACCGCGCCCAACGUCGCGUACUCGGUCUCGCAGGACCACACGCUGCGCACAUGGGAUCUGCUAGCGGUGCCGGACGCGCCGAAUACAGCGGAGGUGUCGUCGCGGAUGGUGGCGCAUCCGCUGCUGUCGGUGUGCGUGAUGCCGGGGUUGAGCCUGGUGGCGGCGGGGACGAGCGCGCGGUCGGUGGUAUUGAUAGAUCCGCGGGAGGGGGCGGCGAGGGUGGUGGCGAAGACGUUGAAAGGGCAUGCGAAUUCGGUGGUGGCGUUAGCGCAGAGCCCGGUGAGCGAGUAUGGGUUGGCCAGUGCGAGUCAUGAUGGGGAGGUGAGGGUUUGGGAUGUGAGGGGGGGAAGUAUCGCAGUGCAGGGUGGGGAUUCUCAGGGCGAUGAGGGGAAGGGGUUGGUGGUUGAGAGUGUCUUUACGCUACCGAGAGAGAGUAUGAAGGGGAAGCCGCGGAAGGUGGCGGGCGAGGGGGUGAAGGUGCUUGGAAUGGCGUGGGAUAGGGAUAUUGGGAUCGUGAGUGGUGGAGAGGAUAAGAUGAUACAGAUCAAUAGGGAGGCUGAGUAG